AUGCUCUCAAAUUUUCUCCUCCUACUCUUCUUGCUUCCCCCCAGCCUCCACCUCUUGGAUCGUGGGGAAGGACUCUAUUGCACUGAUGAUGACAUACGUUGUGGAGGGCCGUAUAUGAAGGACCAUUUUCCUUUCAUUCAAGUUGACCCACUCAAUGGAUCUUGUUCUCCUCAAAUCACUUGCUCAGAUUAUCUUUUUAUGAAGAUCGGGUCGCUUAAAUAUUUAAUCGAUCUCAUCGAUUACAAGCGCCAAACCCUUCUGAUGGUCAACUAUGAUUAUUUCUUCGACGACCCGGCAUGCUGUCCUUCCUCAACGAUUACUUACUUUCAGGACGUUGGGCCGGUUCUCAGCUACACCGAGCACAACCUACGGGUUUUGCUGCUCUACAAUUGCUCAUCUCGAGUGCAGGGCUUUAGUGGUGUCCAUCAGUUCCCAUGCUCCAGCACCGGUGCCGACCAAUGUUAUUACACAGCCAUGGAUCCCGGGUUCUUCGAGUCGGAAUGCGCUUGGUCUACCAACGCUGUUGUGAAUCAGAUGAGUGCGGACCAUUUGAUUAACAAUACUAAGGAAGGUCGUGAGGGACUUGGGGCAAUCCUACAGCUGGGAUUUGAGGUGACAUGGACACCACAAGAGAGAAUGGGGUGCAACGCAUGCAUCCAAUCUGGUGGACUAUGUAGGAACCAUUCGUUCCUGGAUGACAUGGUUUUCUGUCAUUGCCCAGAUGGCUUUACUCAUCUUCACAUUUGCCCAGGUCAAAAAGGUCAUGAGAGCAAGAUUCCGGCAAGAUACAUCACAAUAGGUGGAAUUUUGACCAUGACUAAGACGUUACAGAUACCUUCAAUCAUCUUAGAUGCUUUAAAGUUCAAUAUGACAAUUGAACAUUUCAAUCUUUCAUGGGAAGAAUGGAUCAAGAAAAGAUCCAAAGCUAGAGGCCUUCAUUGA